GAAUCACUUGGCCCAAUCAACAAAGAAUCAGGUAAGCGGCAUGUGCAUUCGCGAAAUGUCCUGGUAUCGAGUCGGAAUCAAAAUGAAGGGAAUGUGGUAGAAAAUGAACAUGUGGAGAAUGAGGAGAUGGAGCAAGAAGGGAGUGCCAGCAGUUAUGCACACAGAGUUGGACACAUCUUAUAUCAGCAGGCACCCUC